UUAGUUUUCGAGGAGGAAGAAACAUCUGGAGAUGAAAUCGAGAAGUUGCGGAACAUGAAAUUAAGCCGUAUUUAUUGGAACCACCGACACUGGGGCGAUAUGUCUGAUGCUGAGGUGUCCGAUGACAAACACAUGGAGAUGAAGACUGGUCAGUACACAAAAUGUGUUAACAAUACAAUAUGUAAAUAAGACAUGAACUACUGUGUUCUGUUGUCCUGUUGCUAGCUUCCUAACAUCCAAAAUGCGUUUAUGCUGUGCUUGUAAAGGUGUUUCUUCAUAGCAGUCUUUAGUGAAAUGAACACGAGGCGGUGGUCCAUAUCACAUAACAAAGAAAUUAGCACGUGCUUUGUUCUCCUCACAUCCAUAGCUCCACCCGGGAUUGCUCACAGCAUGUAUCCGCUUACAACAUUUUCAGCACUUUCCUCGGCAGCCACGGCGGGUGGUUUUCGUACUUGCUUCGUUCAUUGUAGUCUAAACCUUACUUUUUUUGGAAACGAAAACAAACUUACAUUAUCACUCGUUCACUGUGAACAGCCAGCGGCAACACGUUUUGACAUGACUACUAUUCUGAUGAAAAAUAUACCGAACAAAGUCUGCUAAGACGAGAGGCGUCCCUUCCGCCGACGUCACUUCGGGAAACGCCCCAUUUCCGAGACGGCUAUCAGAAAAAUUUCCCGCCACAUACUUUAAAUAUAAUUUUUACUAAUUUAACAUCCGCUUUAAAAAAAAUGAACAAAGUAGCACAUAACUACAAACAUUAUAGAACAUAUUUAAGCAACAUUGAAAAAUCCUGUCAGUGACCCUUUAAUGCACCUUUUUAUCACAGCUCACUGGUGAAUCCUUUUAGGCUUUUUCCUGCACUGACAGUGUAUGCAUGUAGGGCUGACCACAUAACACAGAGAGGUCACAGAGUGCAGAUGUACUCAGCAGCUAACAAAUAACCGCAUCAUAUUGGAGUGAAAAACACAACCUGAGCAAGAAUAAAUGUCAAUAAUAAACACCACUACAAACUACUGUACAAUCACAAUGACAAGCAGAAUUCUUGUUAGGGCAUCUUUGGUGUGGAACCCGGGCCUGGCUAUGACGGAGUCAGCUACACCCUCUCCAUACUCUGCCUAUCACGCACACUGGUGCUGGGCUUCCACAGUCGAGAAGCUCUCCAUGCCUGGGACGCCCAUGUAUGCUACAGCUUGGGAGAAGGCAAGUUGUUGGGAAAGGCGUUAUGUUGAAAGUAUUGCACAUCUUUUUUACCGCAAUGUAAUCCUGUGUUACAGUUGUUCAUUUAACUGUAGUUUUAUGCUGAUACAAUUUCAUGUACGUAUUUUGUCUUCAAGUGUAACUGUCUGUCUGUGGUAUCACCCUGCAGUCCACAGAUUCAGUGUCAAUGUGGAGCCAGGUACCAAAGUGGAGAGUGGCCCCGCCUCUCUCCACCUGUCCAACGACCUACUAGCCCUCACCAGAGGUCUCCCUCCUGUCAUCAUUGGCCACUGGAAGUUGUCUGCAUUGCGUAGAUACGGUGCUGUGCCAAACGGUUUUGUGUUUGAAGGCGGGAGUCGCUGCGGAUACUGGGCUGGAGUCUUCUUCUUGUCCUGCUCAGAGGGGGAGCAGAUCAGUUUUCUGUUUGACUGCGUCGUCGCCGGCAUCACCCCCUGCAGGGUCCCGCAUGGGGUGCGGCCUUCCCUGCCAGACAAUCUCAGCACUGUUCCAGCAUCAGCAGAAGAACGGAUCAAGCAGGAGACUUCAGAGCUGGAGAAAAGACUCAGCAUGCUGUCUACUUGCAGUCUAGCAAGCAGUGCAGCCUCCACGUACAGCUGCAGCACAUCUGUUGCCGGGGAUGACCGCAGUAGCAUCUCCAGCUCCUCUUCGGGCCAAUCGGACACAAGCUACGGGAGCAGACUUCCUUUUUGGGUGGAACCGUUGGCUAAGUUGCACCUCCCCAGCGAGACAGCGUCAAGCUCAUCCACGCUAAAGGCCUUGACCAAUUCGGAUGACCGUCUCUAUGCUGCUGUGAUGGGAUGCUGUGCUCCGUCCUCCACCCAGCUCCAUCCUCGUGGUCUCCAUGACAGCGGGCGUCAGAGCUCGCUAGACAGUGGCAUUGGAAUAGCGACCGGGAGCUCAGGGAGCUUCUCUUCCUGUACAGGGAGUCUGGACAUGGCCAUUCAGGGAGCAGGAGAGGAGUUUGGCUCCAUGACCAGUCUGCCUGCUUCUACUCCCUCUGCUCCUCAUAGUCUCAAUCCUCCACUUUCACCUUCCCAGGCCACACCUUUCCUGGAGCACACUACUGCACCCUCUUUUGCCUCUAGGUGCAGCUCUCAAGCCUCUCAGAGACUUAGUGAUGAGUGCCAGAAUCCGAGCCUACUUAGAUUGCGCUAUGAUAUCCCUCGGAGUCUUCUCCAGAAUCGGACUUUGAGGAACACCUCAGCUGUUAACGGAGCCCCAUCUAGGCAGGGCAGGCACAACAUGGUGGUUGCUGAUUGGGUUGGAAGUCAGGAACAAGGACUGACCGAAAGCUCUACAGCAGCUAAACUUCAGCGCCAGGCUUUGGUGCAGCGCUCGCUCUCCUGGAGCAGUGAGACAGCGCCCCCUGUGGACAAUGGAGAGAGGUCUACCACCCAGCAGCCAUUGUUUCUGGGGGAAAGACAGUGCUUGCAUGGUUUUGAUAACUACAUUACACCUGAGCAGUGGUGGUCUGCAAGGAGCAGAGGUUUGAUGAUGCAGGUUGGCAACUCCUCAUCAGGUCCACGGCCUUCUGCAGAUACACCAGACUCCCUCCUGCGUGUGAGAGAAGAACACCAUGACUGUCAGGAUGUGGAUCUUUCCUCUGUACCAGCCUCCCCCCAUCUGCCCGUGCCGCUGGGCAUGGCCAGGCCAAAGUCAGCAUGUGGCAUGUUCCAGCCUAAAAGUGAUGUUCCAAAAGCUGCCCCCUGGGACACCGGGCACCGCUAUGACAGCAGCCUCAACUAUGUCAGCAUCCCAGUCAUCCCUCCAACUGCUAAAGCUAACGUAGACCUGUCACAGCCAGUCCCACAGGAGUCCACUUUAUCUCCAGUUUCUAGUCCCAGCUGUCCUGUCACAGAAGACAGAUCCAUCGGGUACGCCCACAUCAACAACGUUGUCAUAGAAACAGCUCCAAGAAUGGGGGUGGAGCACACUCAGGGCAGCCAAGUGACUCAGAUGGACAGCAGGCGGUGAGGGCCACCACACUAACUUGCUACACCCAAGUCCGUCCUUUUUCUCUCAAGUCUCACAAUAAGCUCAACUUCUCCCCAACUGUUGUCAUAUUCCACAAUAAAAGCUCUUGGAGAACAAUCCAUUCCAAAGACAAAGUCAAAAAUAGGAAAUGUCUGGGAAAGCUGUUGUGUGGACGCUUAUAGAUUUUAAUUCAGGAGUGCAGUGCCAUCCCAGCAUAUGUUAAUAAUCCUGUAUUUUCCUUGAAGACUUAUAUACAAUUAUUAUUAUUAUAUUAGUCUUUUUGGCUGCAUGGCACUCCUAUCGGCUCAGAAGCGGUAAAUAUAGAAAUGUCGCCAUUUAUAUUGGUUUAGCUUGUUUGGGUGCACUGCCUCAUAAAGCCCCUCCCCACGAGCCCUGGUGUCAUACGUCUGACUUUUUGGAGGAAAUCAUUCCGCAUCAGAGCUUCAAAGCAUUAGAGUGAAAUAAGCAGGUAAUCUCAGGUGCAAAGUUCAUGAAUCUAGUGGACCUGGGGAGAGCGAUCAGGCAGCCAGUAACAUUUAUUCAUCACAGUAAUCGAUGCCUCUGCCUGUGGUCUGGAAGAGGCCACAAACUGAUGAAUUGUAAAGCACCGCGCGUGUGAUCCAAUUUCCUAGCCCCCUCUUGAUGGCAUUGAGACAAAUUGGCUAAUAUUUGACGCCAAUUUACUUUUAUGGGACUUGUGUGUCUGAGGAGAACGCUUAUGAUGCUGAGUCACAGGGAGUCAGUAUUUUCAUGUCACCGCAGGGACGGAUUACCUCAGAAGGGUUGUAAAUAGCAAAAUGCUUUUAUUUAUGCCAAGUUGAUAUGAAGUAUAUUUAACUAUAUUUUUUAAAUAAUAAUGUUUGUAUGUUGUUGUAUGCCACAUAUUUCAUGAAAUAUUAAAGAUUGGUGCA